AGCUUGUUUCACUUGCCAGCUGCCUCACUUCCAGUCGCACUGAGGUGUAAUGAGAGGAGAGUCGUGCCGCUAAAAGGUCUCCCACCAUCACUUUGGACGACUUCUCUGUGUUAUUCGUGGACGCUCGGUACUUCCUCCAUGAACGAGACAUUUAAUUGUCGGACUUUGGAUAAAGUUGGAGUUCGGCCGCAGCACAAUGUGACCACGCUGAGCUGAGGCACUUCGGAUUUACUCGGUACCGUUUUAUUGAUCCACAGACGCGGCAUUCAAGAAUGGGAAAACUACAAUCCAAACACGCGUGCAAGCGCAGAGAGAACCCAGAAGGGGACAGUUUUGUUGUGAACGCUUUCCUCCGGAGGGGCAUGGACGAAUCUGAGCGCUAUGGAGGGAUGGAUCACAAGAUGAAGAACAUGCAGGAGUUUCCAAAUGGGCAUAUGAAAACCGGACACCUCGCAGAUCAACACUGCCCCCUUGAGGUGGCUCUCCCUCCUGAGAAGCCGGAGGGAUGCGAGAAUCACCUUCAGUACCUUCACGCUGAGGACAGGGAGCGAGAAAUGAAAGCGAGCGGGAAAAAACAAAUCAAUCUGGACGACUUGGAGUGUGAUGUUUCUGUGGAGGAUGACAACCGCCAGGAGUGGAUAUUCACACUUUACGACUUUGACAACAGUGGCAAAGUGACAAAGGAGGAUAUGUCCAGCCUGAUGCACACCAUCUAUGAUGUAGUUGACGCCUCGGUCAAUCAUUCCUGCCAUCAUAAAAACAAGACGCUGCGUGUCAAGCUGACGGUCACUCCAGAGCCGAAAUGCCACAAAAGAGAAACAGAUCGCUGUCACCAAGAGGAGGGUCGUUCAGCUGACAAGCGCAUGUCGGCCUACAUCAGCAGCAGGGUCCAAAGCAACGAGCCCUCAGCCACUGAAGGCCAGCAUUAUUGUGUGGAUGAGAACACAGAAAGGAGGAAUCACUACCUGGAUUUGGCUGGCAUAGAGAACUACACCUCCAGAUUUGAAGGAACGAGCCCUCCCCAGGAGAGUCAUGGUCGAAGCUCCCAGAGCCAAAGCCGCUCUCGCUCCCACGAGCCAGAAGCGCAACUCCUUCACCAGCGGCGCUCGCAGGUCAUCGGCGACAGCUACAACCCCGCAGAGCUUCGGGGAAAAGGAGCACAGUUCGUGAAAUCCCCCAAGGGAACCAACAAAGGAGGAAAUGGCGGCAGCGGUGGGGGCAAAUCCACUAAAUGUCACGCUUCCCACCCUCCCCUGCAAAGCAUGCUGCACAGUGGCAGCGCAGCCACCCACGGGGGUCAAGAUGUCCCAGUUGAGCUGCACCACUCUUGGCCUCCAAUCACACGGUACACGCAGGAGGAGAUGGGCGCAGAUAAAACGACUGGGUUACGCCCCAACGAGGAAUUGGGAUGCCUGGAGGGGGUGGGGGCCAUUCUCGGCAGUGUCUUUGAUGGAACACGUCAGGUUGCUGCAGGACUCGGGGCCAGGUCUUCUCCGCCGGUUCGACAGCCGUCAGCCUCGCACAGCCCAGAAAGUCCGACGCUAAGGCUGCAGAACUGCACUGCGGCCGGAAGAACAAAAACGGUCAACCAUUCCUGA